CAUGCUGACAACUGAAAGAAGAGCUCCCUCUCAGGACUCUACAAGCAAAUUGACAUUUAAGAUGAAGCGUUACAACCCAGAGGACCCUACACUCACAUUUGUGGACAGAGAUGAUGAAAUGGAUUUCUUAUGUGAGGACUUCAAGUCUCUGAGAGCACUGAUGUCUUGUGGUCAUGCUGUCACUCCCAUGUCUCUCACCAAAUGGUGUCGUCGGUUGCUGGAUCAGGGUGAGAGCAAGUUUGUGUGCGGCCAGACUGGCUGUGAUGCUGAGUGGUCCUUUGAGGAGGUUUGUAAAAUGGCUCUUCUAACCCCUGAAGAAAUCGAGUACUUUGAAAAGAAAAUGUUCAGCAACUCUAAGGAUUUCUUUGAUGUCAGAUCCUGUCCUGGCUGCAAGUCUUCUGUGCUGAGAGCUGACUUCAGGAAUCUGUGUGUUAAAUGUACACUGUGCAAAGCUGAUCUAAAUCGGACCUUCAUGUUCUGCUGGCAGUGUUUGAGGAAAUGGAGAGGUACAGCCCCACGUUCAGACCGAUGUCAGAAUGAUGGCUGUGUCAAUAAGUCCUUAGAAAUUCUGAGAAACUGUCCAGAUAUCACCUUUAAGAAUGUGAAGGGCAUCACUGGCUGUCCCUCAAUCCGUGCUUGUCCCACAUGUGGCUUCCUAGUGGAGCAUAGCACAACUGGGUGUAAAAACAUUUUCUGCACACGUUGUAAGGUGCAGUUCUGCUUUGUUUGCCUCAAAAUCACUGAUGACUGUUUGGAGACAAGUGAAUAUUUUGGGCCUUGCUCCAGUGGUGUGGCUCCUAGACAGAGUAACUGUGUGGCAGUGGAAUGAUUACUAGA